AUGGACACCAGCAGCGACACCAAAGGUCCUUUGCCACUUCGACAGUGGCUGCAGCGGAAACAAUCCUGCGCCCAAGUGCAGAUUGGAGUUGCUUUCCGCAACCUUAACGUCCAUGGCUAUCUAUCCGCCGGCCAGCACCAGCACCAGCACACCGUCGCCUCGUACUUGCUCGCCGUACCAAAAUAUCUUCUAGCCUUGGCCCAGCAUCGUGCUAAGACUAAGGUCCAGAUCCUUGACGACUUCCUGGGUUUGGUGCAGCCGGGUGAAAUUCUGCUCGUGCUCGGCCGGCCUGGUAGUGGUUGCUCUACCUUUCUCAAGGCCAUUGCCGGCGACACCCACGGGAUCCAUGUCUAUGAUGACACUAAGAUCAACUAUCAAGGACUGUCGUACAAGCAGAUGCAUGAUAGCUUCAAAGGAGAAUGCAUCUACAUGGCCGAGCUCGAUGUCCACUUUCCGGAAUUGACCGUGGGCCAGACCCUCGCAUUUGCGGCAAUGACAAGGGAGGGGGAUGGAUUCCGCAAAGAAGGCUCUCAACACAUUAGCCAGAACGUGGUUUCCCUCUUCAGCCUCGGCCAGUCCAUCAACACUCAAGUGGGAAACGCUAUGAUUCGGGGAGUUAGCGGCGGAGAGAAGAAAAGGACCAGCAUUGCAGAAGCUUUUGUCAGUGGUGGGCAGAUUCAAUGCUGGGAUAAUAGCACCCGUGGUCUCGAUAGCUCCACUGCCUUACAGUUUAUCCAGCUAUUGAGAGCUGCUACAGAUGCACUUCAGUCGACUGUUCUCAUGAGCAUCUAUCAAGCGUCAGAACUCGGGUUGAAAUUGACUCUGAUUUCUAUCGUCACUUUGCUCUAUGAAGGGCGCCAAAUCUACUUCGGUCUCGUAACCGAAGCUGUUGAAUACUUUGUCAAUCUUGGAUUCAUAAAGCCUAGCCGUGCAACAACCGCUGAUUUCUUGACGUCCCUGUCCAAUUCCGCCGAACGAUUUGUGCGAGAAGGCUAUGAGGAUCGUGUCCCUCGCUCCGCCGAGGAGUUCGCAACACGCUGGGUCCAUAGCCCACAAGCCCGAGCUCUGCGUGAACAAAUUGACGUUUUCAACUCCGUGCAUCCUCCAACACAGACACAGCUUUCGGACUACUAUCCCCAGGAAAAUGCCAUGCAGAUCCUGAAGCCACACAGCUCGACCUAUUCCAUUUCCAACUACCUCCAGGUCGUCGCGUGCAUUAGCAGAGGCUUCCUGCGCUUGAAGAUGAACUACACCCCUGCUGUGGGUGCCCUGUUUGGAAAUACAAUAAUCGCCAUAGUUACUGGCAGUGUCUUUUUUAACCUCGCCGACAAUACGGAUAGCUUCCAGCGCCGAGCGGUACUCCUGUUUUUCUCCAUCAUGAUAAAUGCCUGUACCCCGGCCUUCGAGGUACUCACAAUGUGGGCUCAGCGCCCGAUAGUUGAGAAGCACCACCAAUACGCGAUGUAUCAUCCAUGCAUAGAAGGGAUCGCAAACAUCUUCUGUGACUUGCCCAACAAGAUUGCCACAGUUGUAAUGUUCAACAUUCCCAUCUACUUUAUGGCCAAUCUCCGCAGAACUACCUCGGCUUGGCUUACCUACCUACUGUUCUGCUUUGUUACGGUGGUUACAAUGUCCAUGUUCUUUCGCAUGGUUGGGUCUCUCUCAAAGAACAAUGAGCAGACCAUGGCACCGGUUGCAAUUCUAAUUCUCAUCUUCAUAACAUACGCUGGCUUUGUCAUUCCAGCCGAUUAUAUGGUGGUUUGGCUUGGCUGGUUACGCUGGUUGAACUUGGUGGCCUACGCUUAUGAAAGUCUAAUGAUCAAUGAGUUUCGAGAACGCAACUUCCCAUGCUCUUCCACAAUCCCGGCAGGGCCGCCUUAUGGUGGCGCGAAUGACAUGCAAGGGGCAACUUGCGCUGCUGUUGGUGCCAAUGCCGGGCAGAGCACUGUGCAAGGAUCAUCGUACAUUGAAGUGAAAUACGGCUAUGUCACAAGCCAUACGUGGAGGAAUCUCGGAAUACUCCUCGUGAUGAUGGUCGUCUUUUGCACCAUUCACCUUCUUGCAGCAGAGUAUAUCCCAGCGCAGCAUUCCAAGGGAGAAAUAUUGCUCUUCCAGAAGGGCCACAAGGGCGACCGUAUCACUGGCAGCGACGAAGAAAAAACGCCAAUAACAAGCUUCCCUUUGGACCAGACUUGGGGAGAGAUGCUGAGUAUCCCAGCCGGACACACACACACUCCUGACCAUAUCAGCACUAUUCAGAAACAGAGGGCGAUAUUUCAUUGGAAGAAUAUCUGCUAUGAUAUCAAGACGAAGGAAGGCUCCAGACGAAUAUUGACAGAGGUGGACGGUUGGGUCAAACCGGGAACUCUGACCGCAUUGAUGGGAGCAACCGGUGCGGGCAAAACAACACUCUUGGACGUACUAGCAUGUCGCACUACUGUUGGAGUGGUAACCGGUGAUGCAUUUGUUGAUGGAAAAUCCCGCGAUGCAAGCUUUCAGCGCAAAACGGGAUACGUUCAGCAAGAGGAUUUGCAUGUGGCAAGUGCGACAGUCAGAGAAGCACUGACUUUCAGCGCUCUACUGCGACAACCGAAGACUAGGACCAAGACGGAGAAGCUUGAUUACGUGAACACCGUGCUACAAAUGCUAAACAUGGAGCCCUACGCCCAUGCUGUCAUUGGUGUUGCAGGUGAAGGCCUGAAUGUUGAGCAGCGAAAGCGCUUGACAAUUGCAAUCGAAAUCGUUGCUAGACCCGAGCUCCUCCUCUUCCUAGAUGAACCAACCUCUGGUCUCGACAGUCAAACAGCGUGGUCGAUCUGUAUGCUACUCCGAAAGCUGGCCAAGAAUGGGCAGGCAAUCCUUUGCACCAUUCAUCAACCGUCCUCUCAGCUUUUCCAGAUUUUUGAUCGGCUGCUCCUCCUCGAGAAAGGUGGGAAGACGGUGUACUUUGGUGACAUUGGUACCGAUGCAUCGACUCUCGUCAACUACUUUGAGCGGAAUGGCGCACCCCGUUGCGGCCCGAAACACAAUCCUGCCGAAUGGGUGCUAGACGUGACAUCCAGGAAGUCAAGAGAUAAGGAAAGGGCGUUAAACUAUGCCUGGUCAGACGUGUGGAACAAUAGUCCAGAGAAAAAGGACAUCCUAUGCCACAUUGAUGAGCUACAAGCCGUCCAGGUAGACAUCGGCGCAUCGCCGGCUGCACACGACGAGUAUGCUGCCCCAAUCGGACAACAACUUCUCUUGGUACAGUGGCGUCUCGCGCAGGAAUAUUGGCGCACUCCAACCUACCUCUACUCCAAGCUGGCUUUGUGUGUUGGCUCUGCCAUCUGCACAGGUUUCUCUUUCUUCACGACGACCCUGGACAUUCAAGGCCUCAACAACAUCAUAUUCGCUGUCUUCUUUCUCACAAAUAUGUUCAACACGGUUGACCAGCAGGUCAUCCCUCGCCUCACUGACAACCGUGACCUCUUCGAGGCGCGCGAGCGUCGCUCAAAGACCUAUACUUGGCAUGUAUUCGUGGCGGCAAACAUCCUCAUUGAGCUGUUUUGGCAGUCCUUCACCGCCAUCCUGGUUUUUGUCGUCUGGUACUUCCCCAUCGGCCUUUACAAAAAUGGCACGCCCGAAUUUCCAGCUGUUGAGCGUGGCGGCCUGGUGUUGUGCAUUAUAUGGAUGUUCUGUCUCUUCAUAUCGACGCUCUCGCAAGCCGUUGGUAUCGCGAUCUCUCAUGCCGAGACAGCGGUGCAGAUUGCAACCCUAUUCUCGUACCUGUCGAUGGUGUUUUGUGGCGUCAUAGUGGCUCCAAAAGACCUCCCCGGCUUUUGGACUUUCAUGUACCGCGUCUCGCCCUUCACGUAUUUCAUCGACGGCGUCGUCAUCGCCGGACUCGCGGACACGUCGAUCACUUGCUCCAAUGUGGAGACACGCAACAUCUCCCUUCCUGUGGGCUUUGAUGGCAGCUGCAUGGAGUAUCUUCAACCAUACUUGUCCAUGGCCGGUGGCGUUGUUGAGAAUCCGAACGCAAGAGCUGAUUGUCAGUAUUGUCCGAUCAGUGAUACAAAUUCCUUUCUCCGAGGCUAUGGCAUUGAGAUUGAGCAUCCGUGGCGGAACUUUGGGUUCUUGUCUUGUUAUGUCGUCUUUAAUAUUCUGGCGACGUUUGGGAUGUAUUGGGUUGCGAGGGUAAGGGCACGCAAGGGGAGACAGGGGAUGUAA